CUAGUAUCCAGUAUCCAGCAUCCAGCAGCAAUAUCAAGUAUCAACCCUUUGCUGCAAUAUAUUUACAUCCCUCUCUCUCAUCUCUCCCACCCACAUCCAAUUAAUUAUUAAUUAAUUCAAUGGCCGGCAUUGCAUCAUCAGUUUCCCUAAUUUCUCUUCUAGUUUUUCUUUUCAACUUAUGGGUGCAGGGCAUUUAUGCUGACUCUGGAUGGCAAACUGGCCAUGCCACUUUCUAUGGUGGCGGUGAUGCUUCUGGCACAAUGGGAGGGGCAUGUGGAUAUGGCAAUCUGUAUAGCCAAGGCUAUGGGACUAACACUGCAGCUCUCAGCACUGCUCUCUUUAACAAUGGCUUGAGCUGUGGAGCUUGCUAUGAAAUGAGAUGCACCAAUGACCCCAGAUGGUGUCGCCCUGGAUCCAUUGUCGUCACUGCUACUAACUUCUGCCCACCCAACUCUGCUCUCUCCAACAGCAAUGGGGGCUGGUGCAAUCCUCCCCUCCAACACUUUGACAUGGCCGAACCUGCCUUCCUGCAAAUUGCUGAAUACCGGGCCGGAAUUGUCCCCAUUUCUUUUAGGAGGGUGCCCUGUGUGAAGAAAGGAGGAAUAAGGUUCACCAUCAACGGUCACUCCUACUUUAACCUGGUCCUCAUCACCAAUGUUGCAGGCGCAGGAGAUGUCCAUGCAGUUUCAAUCAAGGGGUCUAAAACAGGAUGGCAACCCAUGUCAAGGAACUGGGGCCAGAACUGGCAGAGCAACUCCUACCUCAACGGCCAAACCCUGUCCUUCCAGGUCACCGCCAGCGAUGGCAGGACAAUUACCAGCAACAACGUGGCGCCCGCCCACUGGCAGUUCGGGCAGACAUUUGAGGGUGCUCAGUUCUUCUAGAUCGAUGGAUGUUAUAAGCAAAUUAAUAAUUAGACAGAGGCAAUAUAAAACGAGAACAGAGCCUCCGUGUGCUUGUCUAUUGCUGAGGUGGUUUGUCGGCACCCGCUAGGCCCAAUUUUUACCAUAUAUCCGUGUGUCUAUAUGUGUGCUUAUGUAUAUAUAUAUACUUUGAUUUCUGCUUGCUACUAGCUCCUAGUUGCCGGCUCUUUUUCUGUUCAGUUUUAGCGGAACUAGCACCUGGUCUAGUAUUAAACAAGGAAUGAAUACAUAUUCCAUUA